UUCUAUAAAGAUGGCGCGGUCUCGGUGCACUCAAGUUGGUCUUGGUGCCAUGUAAAGUGCAUUAUUAGAUUGGAAGUCACCCUUCUGUAUGUAUUCUGUGCUAUGGUAUCGCAACUCCCCAUUUGGCUGUAUUUCAAUUAAUUUAUAAUAGUUUGAUGUCCACAUGUGACCAGAGAACAGAUAGCCAAUCACCAGUCUCAGAGCACAAUUCAUUGAGUGGAAAAUCAGAUUCCAGGUUGACUAAGGCCAUUGAAAGAGAAGUGUGUGGUGGUAGAAUAGUUGAAAAAGUAUUAGUAAGGUUAGAGGAUUCGUUUGAAGGCUGCAAUCAACAGAAGUUGUGUCCAUACCAGAUGGCGACUGUUAAUGUUAAAAUGGAGGCGGAGGAGGAGGAGGAUGAUAGCAGCCAGCAACCAGCUGCAGUGGAAGAUGAUUGCAGCCAACAACAUUAUCUAAUCCCUGGCUACAACAUGAUCUUCAUCAAAGAGGAGGCAUAUGAGGAGCAAGCGGCUGAAGGAAGUUCAGUGAAGAGUGAACCAGAGAUGUGGCCUUCAAACGGCAGCACAUCUGGCCGAGACUAUGCAACAGAAGUGGGUGGACUGAAUGAGCAUUCAAUCUCUCCAGUGAAGUGCACUGAGUCAUCUGUGGCUGGCAAAAAGAUCAAACUUCACAGCUGUGCUCACUGUAGCUAUGAAACAGCAAGGUCAACUGAUUUCAAGAGACACAUUAGAAAACACACUGGAGAAAAACCAUUCAAUUGCAAGUUUUGCGACUACAAAAGUGCUAGGUUAGGUCAUUUGAAAACACAUACCAGAACACAUACAGGAGAAAAACCUUUCAGCUGCGAGUUUUGUGACUUCAAAAGUGCUAAGUUAGAUAAUAUGAAAAGACAUAUCAGAACUCAUACAGCAGAAAAACCUUUCAGUUGCGAGUUUUGUGACUACAAAAGUGCUAGGUUAGGUACUUUGAAAGACCAUAUCCGAACACAUACUGGAGAAAAACCUUUCAGCUGCAAGUUUUGUGACUACAAAAGUGCUAGGUUAGGUCAUUUGAAAGCACAUAUCAGAACACAUACUGGAGAAAAACCUUUCAGCUGCGAGUUUUGUGACUACAAAUGUGCUCAGUCAUGUCAUUUGAAAGAACAUAAUAUCAGAAAACAUACUGGUUGAAAACCUUUUGGCUGCGAGUUUUGUGACUACAAAAGUGCUAGAUCAGAUGAGCAGGAGGCUGAACGAUGUGCAGUGAAGAGUGAACCAGAGAUGUGGUCUUCAAACUGCAGCACAUCGGGCCGAGACGAUGCAACAGAAGUGGGUGGACUGAAUGAGCAUUCAAUCUCUCCAGUGGAAAAGUGCACUAAGUCAUCUGUGACUGGCAAAAAGAUCAAGCUCUACAGCUGUGCUCACUGUAGCUUUAAGACACCAUGGUUUAGUAAUUUGAAGAGACACAUUCGAAAACACACUGGAGAAAAACCUUUCAGCUGCGGUUUUUGUGACUUCAAAAGUGCUGAUUCUGAUCAUCUGAAAAAUCAUAUCACAACACAUACUGGAGAAAAACCUUUCAGCUGCGAGUUUUGUGACUACAAAAGUGCCAGAUUAGGUAAUUUGAAAGUACAUAUUAUCAGAAUACAUACAGCAGAAAAACCUUUCAGCUGCAAGUUAUGUGACUUCAAAAGUGCUCAGUCAGGUGAUUUGAAAAGACAUAUCAGAACUCAUACAGCAGAAAAACCUUUCAGUUGCGAGUUUUGUGACUACAAAAGUGCUAGGUUAAGUAAUUUAAAAGAACAUAUCAGAACACAUACUGGAGAAAAACCUUUCAGCUGCAAGUUUUGUGACUACAAAAGUGCUAAGUUACGUCAUUUGAAAGCACAUAUCAGAACACAUACUGGAGAAAAACCUUUCAGCUGCGAAUUUUGUGAUUUUAAAAGUGCUAGGUUAGGUUCUUUAAAAGUACAUAUCAGAACACAUACUGGAGAAAAACCUUUCAGCUGCAAUUUUUGUGACUUCAAAAGUGCUUUGUUAGGUAAUUUGAAAAAACAUACCAGAACACAUACAGGAGAAACAACUCCUAGCUAAGCAUUUAUAAUGUUCACCUACUACAGCUUCAUAGAAUUAUAGCUCUAAUUACAGAAGCUUUUGUAAACUGUGGUGAUUGGUGAUAUAAA